AUGCGUGAGCAGCGGCUAAGACACGAGGCGAGUCCGAGUGACGAUACACUGCCUCAGGAUGUGGUACCGCCCAACUCGACGAGAUUGAGAGCGCCAAAUGGCCAGAAUGCCAACCCUGCAAUGACAAUUUCUCGACCUGCGCCAGCCCCCCAGUGGCCGCUGCAGACGCUUCCCACAGCGGUGCCCCCCGAACCUGAUUCAUACCGUCCACCACCAGACCGACCUCGAAUAGCUCCUCAGAGACCGCCACGACCAAGUCGGGUUCCCUCCUUAGUCGACCAAAACCGCCCACAGCAAGCGACUCCUUUGUUUCGUGUCCCUGGAGGUCCCGAGAGCCCGUCGGACAUAGUCGAGAGCCCUUCUUCGGACACCCCAGGGCCUCCUAGAAGAAGCGCAAACCUGGGGCCACCGCCUUCCAGCAGGAGAGGCCAGUCAUCUUUCUACUCGACAGCUUCUUAUGUGACCCCGAUCCCCGAAGAAGGCUCAGGCUACAAAACACACCUAUCCUACGCUUCAAGCGCCGUCAUGCCUGAUGGGAGAUUCGAAUCGGGUGUCAGCCCGAGUCUUAACGGCACUUUCUACGAGGAAUCCUUGACGGAUAAACCUAGGCACUCUGAAGGGGACGAUUACAACGACGAAAGCCGAUUGGUACACGGACGGGAGGAAUAUGCUCUUCAGACGCUCAACAAUCGGCCUUCUGCCGGAAAGGAGUCAGCUUCUGCCAACCCGUUCAGCGAAGGGACAGGACUUGUCGACGAAUCCACCGACUCUUCAUCAAACACUUCCUUCACCAACAGGCAGACCCCAGCAAACACCUCUGGCAUGACGAGCCAUAUCGCUGCCGUCCCUCCCAACGACGGCCUGAAAAUCCCUGCAGACCACGAUAUAGCCACUGGAUCAACACAACCGACUAGCCGCUUGUCUGCGAUCCGACGCCCGCCAAGGCUGGACAUGGACGCCGUGAAGGAGGCCGAGUCGAGGGGGAGCCUUACCAGCUUGCCAGAUCUCAUCCGACGAGCCACCCAGCUAGCCUCCAUGAUAGACAAGGGUAAACGCCCUGGGAGCCGCCUUGAUGAUCUCGACUUUUUCAACGAAAAGGGGGGCGGCAACGAGGCAAUGAGGCGUGCGUAUAUGGAACGUCAUCAAUCGGGUCUCUCGGACAUGCUGGCCGCCUUUCCUCCUCCCGUACAAACUCCCACGCACAACGCUCGCGGCCCUCGGGGGUCAUGGCCCAUCGCACCAGCAAACUACGUGACCGGCCGUGAGAAGUACUCGGUAGAGCCCGAAGACGACGCUACGGCCAAACGAAAAGGCCGACGGUGUUGCGGUCUACCUUUGUGGGGGUUCAUCUUGGUCAUCGUGCUCAUGCUUUGCAUCAUCGCGGCCGCCGUUGUCGUCCCUCUGGAAUUCUUCGUCUUCAAGAAUCUUGGCCAUCAUGACGAUCCCUCGGCCGUGAACCUUGAUACUUGUGCAAAGACGCUGCCAUGCCUGAACGGCGGCAGCGCCGUUGUCCUCAACAACGCAUGCUCAUGCAUCUGCACCAACGGCUUCACUGGUGCCAAUUGUGGUACCGGUGGCUCGGCGGGCUGCACAACGACAAACCUGGUUCCCACGGACGGCUCGUCUCGCAUCAACAAUGUCACCCUCGGCAUGGCUAUUCCACGCAUCAUUGCCGACUCCAACAAGAACUUUUCGAUACCACUGGUUGGAACAAGCAUCCUAGCCAAAUUCAACUCGGGAAACCUCUCAUGCAUUGCCCAAAAUGCUCUUGUAACUUUUGACGGCCAGUCGACAAGAAUAGGUCUGGCUAAUGCCAGAGUGCAGUCGCCCACCGAUGAUCCGGCCAAGGAUAAGACUGGAACCAGCAAAAUCUCCGGGCCAAUGCCCGAUCUCACCUCUCGGCAGCUGGAGGCAGCCCACGGCGAGGCAUUUCUGUUGUCUCGAAGGGCCGGCUCCUCAACCUCGGCCCCCUCCCCGAAGCAGACCAGCCUGUUCACAGUCACGGAGGAAGUUCUCGAUUUUGCUCGCACGGCAGUACUGUAUGUGCUGCAGGAAGACACCCUCGAUGCGGCCAACACGGCGCAGACCCAGCUCCAGCAAUUCUUCACUCAAGCCACGCAAUCCAUCACCAAGCUCGGCUCCCAAGUAACUGUCAAGGAGGCGUCAAGCAUUUCCAUCGGAGGCAACAGAACGGUUGAUCUGGUUGAUGCGACAGUCAACAUUGGAGAGGGUCCCGUAGGAAGCAAGCAGGCGACCAAGCGUAGCCUUUUCGGCUUUUGA